AAAUGUCUAUUGGAAGACUAAUCGGAAAAGCCGACAUUGUUACCGGUGGCGGUAGCGGAAUUGGGCGCGCAAUCUGUCAAAAAUUUGCAAAGGAAGGAGCAAGUGUUGCAAUCCUUGACUUAAAGUCUGAAGGUAUUACUCGAACGCUGAAUGAAUUGUCGAGUAAUCGUACAAAUAAACAUUGUGCUAUUGUGACUGAUGUAUCGUCAUCCGAACAAGUAAAAAAUUCAUUUGUAUUAGCGGAAGAAAAACUGGGAAUCCGAAGCACUAUUCUCGUUAACAGUGCUGGGAUUGCUAAACUAAAAGCCUUUACGGACGUUGAUGCUUUCACGUUUGAUAACAUCAUAAACGUCAAUCUGAGAGGAACUUUUCUAAUGACUGAAGAAUUUUUAAAGCUCAACAUCCUUAACGUUAAUCUGAGAGGCACUUUUCUGAUGACUAAAGAAUUUUUAAAGAUGACGUCAAAGUAUACUUCAAGUGCGAGCGAUAUACUUGGCUCUGUAAUCAACAUAUCUAGCAUGGCCGGUAAGAUGGGUUCCGCUGGCCAAGGUCCGUAUUGUGCAUCCAAAUUUGGUGUUAUUGGUUUAACAAAAACUGUCGCGGUCGAGUUUCCAAAACACAAGGUCCGCUGCAACGCUGUUUUGCCCGGCAUGACUGACACACCGAUACUCGAUGGCGUAUCAAAAUAUGUUCAAGAAGCCUGUUUGAAAUAGAUUCCUAUGCAAAGAUUCGGACACCCGGAUGAAGUCGCAAAUGUUUGUUUGUUUUUGGCAUCUGAUGAAAGUUCUUAUGUUAACGGCGCUUGUUUGGAAGUUUCUGGUGGAUACGGAUGUUGAAUAUAAAAAUUAUAAUUUUUGUUUGUCAUAUUCAUAUUUAGUAUAAUGUAUAUGAUUUUACAACGUUAUAUUUUACAAACUGUCAGAAUAGCAUAAAUUAUGGAAUUCGAAAGUUUUACCAAUUGCUUAUUUGUACUUCCCGAAAGUUAGUGCAGUCGCAUUCUAGUUGAUUUUAGUUAAAAUUCAAUGUGUAAAAUAACCCAGA